AUGUUCAAGGGAAAACAUACACGAAUGCUUGUUUAUGGUCGGCCAGGAAUUGGAAAGAGUACUUUUUGUAAGAAGGCUGCAUAUGAUUGGUCGAAAACCUUAAAAGAAAUCCUAAAGAACUUUAGCAUUUUGCUUCUGAUUAAGUUGAGAGAUGUGUGUGACGUGGGAAACAUCCGCGAUGUUUUACGUGCGUCUAAAUUGCUGGCUAGUGAUGGUCCGAUCUCAGUUGAUAGUCUCUAUGAUUACAUAAUUAACAAUCAAGAUGAAGUGCUCCUUAUUUUGGAUGGCUACGAUGAGUACAGCUUUGCAGAAGAACACUCACCCAUCCUUGCAAUUUGGAAGGGUGAGCAACUAAGAGAUUGUCACGUCAUUGUCACCACGCGUCAACUUGAAUGUGACGAGUUAAAAGGCCCCAGCCACGUUCAGUUAGAAAUUCAAGGUUUCAAAAGUUGGAAACGAAAAGAUACCUUUGCGAGAAAAUUUAUGGCAGGUGAAGAUCUUGACGAGUUUAAGCUCUACCUGGGAGAAAAAGAUCUCGUUGACAUGGCAGAAAUACCUCUCCUCCUACUGAUGCUGUGUAUUUUGUGGAAAGAGAAACGUCACGAAGGACUGCCAAAAUCACGGGCCGAAAUAUUCACACAAUUCAUUCAAACCAUGCUAGAUCACAAAGGUGAAAUUCAACUGCCUUUGCCAUUUCAGAAAAUGACCUCAACGGAAGCCAGAGAAGACCUUAGUAAUCUUGGAAAGGUUGCCUUUAAAGCACUUCUACAAGACCGUCUUUACGUACGCUGCAGCGAACUCCCCGGCAAUAUUUCAAGAAGUUUUGAAAAAUUAAGAGAAGUUGGGCUUUUCCAGAUUGUCAAUCUUACGAGUCUCAAUCCUGAGAAAGGGGCCUAUUUCAUUCAUAAAUCCGUCCAGGAGUUCCUUGCAGCCUGGCACAUUAAGGAGGAGGUGUUAUCGAUGAAAGGAGAAAGUGCGCCUAGCCUUUCCAAAGUUGAAUCAUUUGAAAAGAUCGUGAAGAUGAAUGAAGUUCUGAAAUUUGCCUGUGAGCUGUCAACAGAAGCCGCUUACGUAGUUUUCCGUCAUGUAGCGUGUGUUGGAAGAGAGGAAUCUUUCCGAACCGAACCGUUGUCUCAACAUCAAGAACUUUGUCGUCGGCUUAUCUCGCACAGCUACUUUUGUUGUUCGGCCGAGAAGAGGCGAGAUCUCUGCUCAGUGUUUCCCUCUUAUACCGGAGGUGUUUUGUCUCUUGAUUCUAACAAGCUGAACAUCACUGCAAAAGAACGUUUGCUGAAAUCUGGCAUGACACCCAACGUUAUCUUUUUUUCUCACACCGAAAAGUCUUCAGAGAAAAGCUAUCAAAACUUAAUCACUGUAGCAGAGGACACAGAUGCUGUAUUUUUUAGCCGUUCGGGCGAAAAGAAAGCCGCAGAUUUGUUGAAGAAGUUCCCGCGUCGUCCUGUGAGCGAGUUCUUUUUGAGGAGAGAGAGAAAAAUCAUCGUUUAUGUUUGUUGUUUAUGGAAAGAAGAAGAUGGUGUCACUUUUCCGACUGAAAUGCUGCGAGGGCUCAUUUCGCUAACAGAAGAGUCUACUCGAGUGAAGCGUGUUGGUGAUCCGUUGAAUGAACAAGACAACGAAACAACUCCGUGUUUGACUCAGAACACUUUUAGCAUCACUGAUCUGACUCCUCAGAGUCUUUCCUGUCUGACUCAAAUUACUAUUUACCACAUUGAAAGGCAGGAGAUGAAGAUGCUAGCUGAUCUCUUACCACUUUUCACUGAUCUGCAAUGGAUAGAUAUUACUGGCAAACCCUUUGAAAUCAUUGAUGCUCAGUUGACAGAGACCCUGGUGUCUCGUAUCAUCUUCAAUGACCUACUUUACCAACCCGAGGAGGCACCUUAGGACUCCCCGCGUAAUAUAGAGGAAGACUGGAGAAGAGGGAAUGUGGGUAUUUUCGGUAGAUCAUAACCAGAAAAAAUCUCGAUUUGAUCGCUUGCACGGCCGCAAGGUAUCAACGUUUUUCCCGCAAAUGGUCAUGGGCUGCCAGUAAAAAGACACGCGCGCGAGGACUUUUAGGAUCGGCGUCUUUGACACGAGAUUUGUCCUAGUAUAGAGGAAGACUGGAGAAGAGAGAAUGUAGGUGUUUUCGGUUGAUCGUAACCAAAAAAAUCUCGAUUUGAUCGCUUGCACGGCCGCAAGGUAUCAACGUUUUUCCCGCAAAUGGUCAUAACUACACAACUGUAAACAACAAGCCCAACUAAAAAAAAAAAAAAGAAAAUGGUACUGUAGGGCGGGGGCAGCUCUAGUGAGAACUAUAACUAGUAAUAUCAAUUUAACAGCCAAACCUGCCGCAGUCAUCGCUAGAUCUCUGCACCAGGCUCCUGGCCUGCGCUUGCUCGAUUUGUCAGAAAACCCUCUUGGUGAAGGAGUAAGUGUUCUCAGUCGACAUCUCAGCCGUGUUCCUCACCUGGUUGCACUGAACCUCUCGUAUGUUAAAUUGACAAAGCAACAAGUGAAUGAUUUGAGUGAAGCUGUACGUCAGAGUAACAUCUCCUCUUUGCAGACACUCUACCACGUGAGUUUUGUGAUCUUAGUUUGCAUAUGUAGUCUUUGUUCAUGUCCAUUCUGUUCAAUUUACUGUGGUGUUGUGUUAAGAAUUUUUACGCCCUUGGUUCGCGAAGCAAGUGCCAUAUUUCCCUUGCUUUUAUAG